AACAAAUAAAAAAGUAAUAAUAAAUUGUUGCAAAUACUGUAUGAUAGCACCGGUAACUUGAAAACACCCGGACAACUACAACAACAGACCCAUAAAUUAUUAUAAACACAUCAUAGGUAUGAGCUAUGAGUGAACCGGUGAUGGCAUCCAUAAUAUGUACAAACUUUGCCCAAAACGCCUGGAAAAAGGAUUUGUGUAGCAAUUGCUUCAAAAGUGAAGUCGAACACAACAAUUGCUCAGUUGGGUCAUCACAUCCAACAACAACAACAACAACACAGACACUGACCAAAACUGACAAACAAAACGAUAAUCAUUUUCAUACUAAUGAAGAAACCAACGGCAAAACAAAUCACUCGGCAAUCAAACCAUUGGCUAAAUCGGCAAAUAUUUUCACAUCAAACAAUUUUAUUCAACAAAUUAAUACAAAUAACUCAAUACAAAAAUCGGUACCCAAAGAGUGUAUCAAAACUAGUGGUAAUAUUAAUGGCAAUCAUAUAAAUGUUAAAAAGUUUUCGACUAAUAUCAAUACAUUGACAAUAAAUAGUGGGAAUAAUAAUAAUCAAUUAAACUCACAAAUAGUGAUGAAUAAUACGAAAAUUAAAUUAAAUUCAACUCAUGUUUCCUCACAGCAAUCAUUGGAAAGUUGCAACAACAAGCUAUUGGUGAAAAAUACUGUUAAUAGUGACAGCACUGAAAGGAACGGUAUUAUACCACUACUUCAACAACAACAACAAAAAUCGUCGAAAUCCGAAAACAAAAGUUUUUCAAACAAUGAGAACAAUCUUAAGACUAACAAUAAGAGUGCUGUUGUCGACAACUUAGGUACUAAUAAUAGUGUGACAACAAAUGUGCCAAAUGUGACAAAUGUGUUAAACCAUAAUAAAGACACUAACGGUUGUGGUUCCCCAGUGUCGGCCACAAACAGUACUCUAAUGUUAACCAAAGGUAUAUUGAAGUCACAGACCAAUGAAGAUCUUAUCAAAUAUCGACCGAAGAAUCGGUGCAUUGUUUUUAAAGACGGAGAUCCACUGGUUAUCGGAUGUGGAGAUAUUGACUACGAGUAUAGCAGUGAUUCAGAUGAUGAUUAUGAAGCCUCCGAUGACGACACAGAGGAUGACUACAUUUACAGCAGCGAUGAUAAAGAGUUGCGUGACUUGACGUAUAAAAAUACAUUGUUUAACGCUAAUUAUGCCAACUUUAAGAAGUUUAUCGACAAUAAGUAUAAAAACAACAACAACUUCAACAACAGACUGUCAAUCAAACAGAAACCCAAUUGA